GGCUAAGGGCUCCUGUCCUCGUUAGUCCUGUCUCAGUACUCUCUGCUCUUCAGAGUCUCCGUGGACUCAGCUGCAGGUGGUACGGAACACUCAGGCCCGCGCCUGCUCCCUGGCGAAGGGGACGCAGGGCCAGGGGACUUUCAGAGAUUUGAGAGCUCAGGGUGAUGCAGGUGCAGGCGCAGGGCGGGGUCUUUGUUCUUUUGCUCAUCCCUCCUCUGUGCCUUCCUCUCCGGAAACCAGCAACACUGUGAGUGUUGGUGAUGCUGAGCUGUGGAGGCCCAGUUUAAGGAGACAUUGGGGUUGUCGGGGCUGUGACAACUGGGCCAUAAGUGGGACUGACCCCCACUCUCACACCAGCAGCAGUCAUGAGCAGAGAGAACAACUGUACCACUGCUGAUCUAGCAUGGGGGAUUCCCUCCAUCACCCAGGCGUGGGGACUGUGGGCCCUCUUUGGGGUUGUGACAAUGCUGCUUCUCAUCUCAUUGGCUGCACUCUUGUCCCAGUGGACCCGUGGUCGGAGAAGGACCCAGGAGGAACAGAGACCACCCUCCGGAAGGUCCGUGGAAGAAGUUCCCCUGUAUGGGAACCUGCACUAUUUACAGACAGGACGGCUGUCGGAAGAAUCAAGGUCAGAAGAGCAGGACACAUCCUCUGGAGGCCUUGCUAGGGGAGCAGAGGAGGCCACGUGUUACACCAGUCUGCAGCUGCGACCAGCCCAAGGUCGGAUCCCCAGCUCUGGGACCCCCAUCAAGUACUGCGAGGUGGUGCUGGACUCUGAGCCAAAGCCCCAGGCCUCAGGCCCUGAGCCAGAACUUUAUGCCUCCGUGUGUGCCCAGACACGCAGAGCCCGUGCUUCGUUCCCAGAUCAAGCCUAUGCCAACAGCCAGCCUGCACCCAGCUGAGGAGGAUCUGGAACCGUGGGCGCUCAUGGCUCAGCUACUGGGUCAGGGACUCCUGCUGCCAUGGCUAGGGUAUGCC